AUGAACAAAUCGAACCAUUUCGAUUUGUCAUCAACGUCAAAUAUUAAACCUGAAAAUUCUUCAAUGACAACAGUUAAUAUACUUGGCCGUCUUCGUAUAGCAACUGAACAAGUUCGAAAAGUUCAAUCAAAUUUAGUUAAAGAUGGUUCAUCCGAUCAAGUAGAAACAUUGGAUAAAGUUGGAAAAGAACUUGAUGGAAUUCUUUAUAAUCUCGUGGAAAUUCUUUCUGAUGAUACACGACAAAGUGAAAUAAAUGUAACUUCAAAUGAUGGACAAAUAAGUAAAUGGUUAGAACAAACAUUCUCAUCUAAACAACAGCGUUCAUCAACAGCUGCUCAACGUUUUGACUCUAUUCGAGCUAUAAUACAAGCAUCAUCGUUUGUCAAUGCUUUACAACGGCAAAUGCGUCAGAAUGCUAAAGAACGUGUAUCAGCUAUUCUAGAUUUACCAGUUGAUAUUCAUAAAUUAAAUUCAUGGUCAUUUAAUAUGAUGGAAUAUGAUGAACCUUUGAAUUUUUCAAUACUACUUAUAUUUGAUGCACAUGAUAUAAUAACACGCUUUCAUAUUGAUAUUGAAACAUUAAAAAAUUUUAAUCGAGCAUUAACAGAUGGUUAUCAGAAAUUUCGGACGCCUUAUCAUAAUGAUUUUCAUGGAGCCGAUGUUCUUCAAACAACACAUUGCCUAUUAAUAAAAAGUAAUUUAAUGAGUGUUUUUACUCAACUUGAAAUUGCUGCAUUAUUAUUUGCAGCUGCUAUACAUGAUUAUGAACAUCCAGGUUUAAAUAAUGGUUAUCUUGUUAAAACAAAAAAUGAUUUAGCAUUAACUUACAAUGAUUUUAGUGUAUUAGAAAAUCAUCAUGCAAGUUCAGUAUUUAAACUUCUACGUGAUAAACGUUAUAAUAUUUGGUCACAUAUGAAUACAAAUGAAUUUCGAUCAUUUCGUUCAUUAGUUAUUUCACUUGUACUAGCAACUGAUAUGGCAAAUCAUGCAUCAUUAAUUGAACGUUUAUCAACAUAUUUUUUUUUCAAAGAGACAAAUUCAACAGCAACAUCGGCUGAUUCAAAAACUCUAUUACAAACAUUAUUACAUGCAGCUGAUAUAUCAAAUGCUGCUAAACCAUGGGAUAUCUAUAUACAUUCAGCUGAAAAAGUCAUAGAAGAAUUUUUUAUUCAAGGUGAUUUAGAAAAACUAAAUUAUCAAGAUGAUAAACCAACAUUUGACAGAGAAUCAACCGAUAUUGUACAAUUACAAAUUGGUUUUAUUACACAUAUUGUUCAUCCAACUUUUGAUGUUUUAUUAAAAGUUGUCCAAAUUGAUUCUCUUGAAAAUGUAAAAAAAGACACAUCAGCAACAGCAAAUUUAACAAAUCCUAUUAUACCAUGGCAAAAUGAUUUACAAUUAAAUUUAGAAACAUGGAAACAAAUAUCCAAACAUGCUGAUAUGGAACAAAUGAUAUUAAGCCGGAAACCAUUUAAAUUAAAUUUUGAUUAUUUACAAGAAUAUGUUGAAAAAGCCAAGACAUUUUUGAAAAAACGUUCUCAACAUGAUCUUCUACUUAAUCGUCCGCCUUCCUCAUGA